AUGCUGGAAAUGACAAGUUUUUCGAAUAAUAUUUCUAUUUCUCCACGAAAUCCGAUUCAAAUUUCAAAUCCAAAUCCAAUUUUAGAAGAAAACGUAGAAGAGAAAGAAAUGGAAACGAAAACCAAAAUUUAUAUCGCUAUUUUUUUGAUUUUGCCAAGUUUGAUCUAUUUUUUGGUCACAUUGAAUUCGCAACCAAUUUUUUUGGCGAAAAAUGUGAGUUUUUCUUGGGUACUGUAGUUUUGGGGUUCGAGUUACUGUGAAUAGGAAAAAUACAGCUCGGAUUACUGUAGUCCGAAUCAAAUCAAUUGUUUUCUCCCCUUAAUUUGGCAAAACUACAGUUUUUUUUGCAGUUCAAACUACUGUACCUGAUAUGUUUCAUCUAUUUUCAGACUGAAAUUCGCCGCAUGAAUUUGACAAUUUUCCACGAUCACCCGGAAACCCAAAAUUCCUUUAAAUUGGCACUCGAAAAUCGCCAAGCUAUUUUACCGCUUGGAAUUUCGAGUUUGAACUAUGAAAAUGAUCAAAUUAUUGGGUUUUUUGAUGAAUAA